UUUUUCUUCAUCAGAAAACAAAAAUAAAAAAUGAUAGCAAAAGUACUGAGUACAAUUGUAACCACUAUUCUUUUAGCUUUGAUUGUGAAGUUGGGAUGGAAAGUACUAAACUGGGCAUGGCUGAAUCCAAUGAAGCUAGAAAAAUCGCUGAGAAAACAAGGGUAUAAAGGGAAUUCAUACAAGCUGCUGAGAGGCGAUAUCCUAGAGCUUGCAACCAUGGUGAAAGAAGCUAGAUUGAAGCCUAUGCCAAUUUCUCAUGAUAUCACUUCACAUGUUAUGCCUUUUGAUAAUCAUAUCUUCAAUAAAUAUGGUAAAAAGUCAUACGUUUGGUUCGGGCCAAACCCAAGAAUUUAUGUUAUGGACCCAGAACUCAUCAAGGAGAUAUUAUCAAGACCAGACGAGUUUCAGAGGCCAAAGCAAGAACCAUUACGGGAUAGCAUAAUCGGUGGGCUUGUAGUUUCCGAGGGUCAGAAAUGGACCAAACAUCGUCACAUUAUAAACCCGGCCUUUCAUCUUGAAAGUAUCAAGAGUAUGUUCUCGGCUAUUUGUUCAAGCUGUAGUGAUAUGAUUGGCACAUGGGAGCUACUCACAGCCGAAACUGGUGUGACUGAAGUUGAUGUGUGGCCGUAUAUUGAUAACUUGGCUGGAGAUGUAAUUUCACGAGCAGCGUUUAGCAGCUGUUAUGAGGAAGCACAAAAUAUAUUCCGAAUCCAGAAGGAACAAAUGGAACUUGUAUUACAACUAUUAUUCAUUAUUUAUCUUCCCGGAGGCAGGUUUAUACCUACACAAGCAAACAAGAAGUUUCACAAAAACCGCAAAGAGCUACAUGCGCUGGCUAGGAGUAUAGUUGACAAGAGGAAGAAAGAAAUCGAGAUGGAAGAAUCUAACUACGAUGAUUUACUUGGAGUUUUACUCGAGUCUAAUUCUAAAGAAAUUAAAGAACACGGAGUUGGAAUGAGUAUGGAAGAUGUGAUUGAAGAGUGCAAGUUAUUUUACAUUGCUGGAUCCGAAACAACCUCAAGUUUGAUUGUUUGGACCAUGGUAUGUUUGAGUUUACAUCAAGAAUGGCAAACUAAAGCCCGAGAAGAGAUUAUGACAGUUUUUGGAACCGGGGAACUGCAUUUUGAAGGACUAAAGCAUCUCAAGACCGUGACCAUGAUAUUAAACGAGGUUCUUAGGCUAUACCCACCGGCAACCAAUGUUCUACGAACUACCAUUAAGGAGACAAAACUAGGAGAGAUGACGCUACCAUCGGAUGUGAACAUAAUCAUACCUAUACUAAAUGUUCAUCAUGACCGUGAAAUAUGGGGAGAAGAUGCAACAGAGUUUAAGCCCGAGAGAUUCUCUGAAGGAGUAGCAAAUGCAACAAAGGGUAAAGGGUCGGGUUCUUUUUUGCCAUUUGGUGGCGGUCCAAGGAUUUGCAUUGGGCAAAACUUUGCCAUGGUAGAAGCAAAGGUAGCCGUAGCAAAGAUUCUGCAACGAUUCUCGUUUAAGCUUUCUCCUUCUUAUAAACAUUCUCCUUUCGCCAUGUUCAGUCUUCCACCCCAGUUUGGUGCUCACUUGAAAUUAUGCAACAUAUGAUAGUUUACAUAUCUGAUACUGCACCAUAAGGUCCAAACAUAGAACUGCAAUUAUUCACUUUGGACAUGGAUUUGUAUUAUUAUAACAGGUAAUAUAUUUUCAAAAAAAUUCAUAUAUA